UGGAUGAGUCUAUAACUGAGUGAGUCACAACAUUAACGUGCAGCUGUGAGACGUCAAAAAUAGUCCGAGGGCGGGGCAGCAAGUGAAAGAGAAAGUGUUCGGAGCGAUUCAAACUCACAGGAGUUAUCCUGCUGUUUGUGUGGGAAUUCCUUGUUUUGAAGGAAUUUGUUUUACAACUGAAGGUUGACUCAUGGUUUUCACGGCCUGAAUUUGGAUAUCCUUUACCAAAAUAACAAUUCUGACUGGCUGUCAGCUGUAAGAGGUGGCUAUCAGUUGUUUUGCAGCUGUCAACAGAAGAGACUGGCUGUCAGAAGGGUCUGAAAAUGAAUUUUUGGAGUAAUUUGUUUUCCAGUUCUCCUCCAGCUAAUAUUAACUACCACGGCUUGAUGAACCAAGGAUCAACAUGUUACUUGAACAGUGUGCUGCAGGUGCUGUUCAUGACCAAAGACUUCAGAGAAGCAGUGAAAAGAUACACGGAAGAAAACCCUGACACAGAGUGUAUUGAUCAUGACCUUAAGGACUUAUUUAAGGACUUAGUUGAACGUACAACGUACACAUAUAAAAUAACGAGGAAGCUGGGCAUUACCAAAGUGUAUGAACAACAGGAUGCUGCCGAGUACUUUGAGAAGAUUUUAAGACUGACCAGUCCUGAGGCAUCAAAGAUCUUUCACGGGAAGCUGACACAUGAGACCACCUGCUGUAAAUGUGAUACAAAGUCUGGCACCACUGAGCCGUUUUGGCAUCUUCCUCUUGCGUUGGUGGAUUCCAGCAGCAAAGACUAUAGUGUGGAGGACGGCAUCCAGCAGUUUUUCAAGGCUUCAGAAUUUAACGGAGACAAUCAGAUGUACUGUGACACCUGUGAUGACAAAAAUGAUGCUACUACUCAAUAUGUAAUCAGGAACCAUCCAGACGUUUUGAUGUUGCUGCUGAAGAGGUUUGAGUUCAACUACUAUUACAUGAAGUACUUCAAAAUCGACCGUGUUGUGGCUGUUCCCUACAGCCUUCAGAUACCAGAGGGUCAGACAUAUGAACUGUAUGCAGUUGUGGAUCAUUUUGGUGAUCUGAUGAGUGGACAUUACGCAGCAACAAUCAAAGAAGAGAAUGGAGACAGAUGGUUCAGCUUCAAUGAUACCAGGGUCACACUGUUUGAUUAUCAGCCGUUCCAGAUGGACAACACUGAGAAAUCCCAGAGUGCUUACCUUCUAUUUUACAGAAAGAAGAAAACUGAUACUCAACACAGUUGUGGGGUGUCCCAUAGUGAAGACCAGCCCAUUAUGGGAAAUGUGAAUGAGCAGGAUGAAGAUGCUGAAAAGAACAGAGACAGAGAUGAAGGUGAAGAUGAUGCAGAAAAUGUUAACAGUAAUGGAAUGAAGACAGAAGCUAUUAACUAUCACGGCUUGAAGAACCAAGGAUCAACAUGUUACUUGAACAGUGUGCUGCAGGUGCUGUUCAUGACCAAAGACUUCAGAGAAGCAGUGAACAGGUACAGAGAAGAAAACACAGGGUGUAUUGACCAUGAUCUUAAGGACUUAUUUAAGGACUUAGAAGAACGUACAACAAACACAUAUAAAAUAACGAGGAAGCUGGGCAUUGUCAAAGUGUAUGAACAACAAGAUGCUGCCGAGUACUUUGAGAAGAUUUUAAGACUGACCAGUCCUGAGGCAUCUCAGAUCUUUGAAGGGAAGUUGACACGUGAGACCACCUGUUGUAAAUGUCGUACAAAGUCUGGCAUCACUGAGCAGUUUUGGAAUCUUCCUCUUGCAUUGGUGGAUUCCAGCAGCAAAGACUAUAGUGUGGAGGACGGCAUCCAGCAGUUUUUCAAGUCUUCAGAAUUAAUUGGAGACAAUCAGAUGUACUGUGACACCUGUGAUGACCAAAAUGAUGCUACUACUCAAUAUGUAAUCAGGAAUCAUCCAGACGUUUUGAUGUUGCUGCUGAAGAGGUUUGAGUUCAACUACUAUUACAUGAAGUACUUCAAAAUCAACCGUGUUGUGGCUGUUCCCUACAGUCUUCAGAUACCAGAGGGUCAGACAUAUGAACUGCAUGCAGUUGUGGAUCAUAUUGGUGAUCUGAUGAGUGGACAUUACACAGCAACAAUCAAAGAAGAGAAUGGAGACAGAUGGUUCAGCUUCAAUGAUACCAGGGUCACACUGUUUGAUUAUCAGCCGUUCCAGAUGGACAACACUGAGAAAUCCCGGAGUGCUUACCUUCUAUUUUACAGAAAGAAGAAAACUGAUACUCAACACAGUUGUGGGGUGUCCCAUAGUGAAGACCAGCCCAUUAUGGGAAAUGUGAAUGAGCAGGAUGAAGAUGCUGAAAAGAACAGAGACAGAGAUGAAGGUGAAGAUGAUGCAGAAAAUGGUAAUGACACUGCAGUGUCCGUUUCCAUCAACAGAAAUAUACAUGUAGGAGUAGUUUCUGUUGAAGCGCCACCUCCUGGACGCUCUGAAAAUGUAAAAAAUCCAGACAAUGAAGUUGAUGUUAGGCAGACUGAACAAGACAGUCGUCAGGAUCAUGACUCGUAUAAGAAUGGUGAAGAUGAAUAUGUCGACAAACAGGGGAGUGAUGGGGGGAAGAAAAUGGAGGAUGAUGGGGAGAACAUGGGAGGAAAGGCAGAAGUUGAUGACCAGGGAGUAAAUGGACAACUGAUCUGUACAGAAACGACAAGUGUAGAGGAUCAGAAAAAGGCAGUGAUACAAAAGAACAGAGAAGAGAGUGAAGAGGAGUCACUGGUAGAAGAUCAGCAGCAGGACAAUGGAGAGUUAGUCAGUGUUAGACAGAGCAGAAAUGAACAUCAGGACAGUAAACAGAGAACUGGACACUAUGACGUGGUGGAGCAAAACAAGGGAAGACGUAGUCAGAACAUCAAUAAAGAUCAGGUGAAAACUAGACGACCUAUGUCAGUUCAACGUGUUAGUGUGGAGAAGAACGAAGAUGCUGAGAUAAUAACAUAUCGACUUAUGCAAAAGGGAAAACAUUCUGGGAAUGAUGAGAGAGUUGAUGACACUAGACAAAAAGAAAGAACUGAUUAUCCAGAGUGUAAAAGGGAAAUCAGUGACACAUCAAGAAAUAUUUCUCUGAGACAAAUGGGCCUGAACGUUGAUAGUAGGAGACGUGAUAAGCACGUGCAAAGUAGAGGAUCCACAGUACACUGUAGUGUGUGUUGAGGACAAUGGAAGAUCACAUGAGAGACAGAAACAGGAAGACAGACACAGCAGAGGAGAUUUGAGACAGGGACUGUCAGGAAGUAGAGGACCGACACAGAUCCAAGGAGAAAUAAGAGAUCAGGGGAGACACCAUGACUGGGAGAUACUGGACCAGAUGAAAAAUCUGUGAGGCAGAGCUCCAUUAGAGAAAACAAAGAGGGAGGUGCAGGUCAUUCAAAGCCACGUCCAGGUAAGAGAACCCAUAGUGAUACUCAAAGAAGUCUCAAGACAAAGCAGGCAUGGGCAGAAGGAGAGGAAGAUACAGCUCACAGAAUGAACAGUGGUAGUCAUGAGAGAAGAUCUGAUCAAAACACAGAUGGUUUAACUAAAGAUGUCAGUAAGUUAAACCUGAAUGAGUCACCUUUCACAGAGACACAGACACAAGGACAUGUGAGACUCUUUGGAAACAAUGGCUUGUUUUUCUGUUACUAAAUGUCUCUAAAACAAAAAGGUGAUAUGAGUGAGGUGUAUUAAGAUGAAAUAUGUGACACAGUGGCGUUCUGGGCUGGCUAACUACAUCAAUCUCAUACAAUGUUGACACCCUGUGGUGUUUAACUAUGUAGACAAAUGCAGACAAAAAAAAAGAAAUAAAUAAAGAAAUAUAUAUGACACAGUUCAAAAAAUACUUACUGCUAAAUACUAAAUACUAAUACUACUGAUCAUUUUUAUAAACGCCAGAAUAGAUUGACAGUGCUGUAUCAUUUUUGAAUGACUGAUUCUCAGCUAAACAGCCCUUAUCACAAAUCUAUAUUCAUAUUUAUUUAUUUACUUAUUUAUUAUUUUACUUUGUUAGUUAGUUGUUUCUGUUCAUUUGAAGUUACUUCAGAUUUUUUGCAAAAUGUUCUCCUAACACAGUAUGUUAUGAUUUAAUACCCGAGAUUGAAAGGCAAUGUGGAUUUUGAACAUCAGUCUUGUUAUAAAUGUGUAUGUGUUUAGUUAUUUUAUCUGUGAUUGUUGUUUACUGUCCAAUUACCUCAAACCUGUAAAUCGCUGACUAGUGUUAGAGUGCUCAGUGUUUAUCAUGAGAACCAAACUACUGUGUUUGUCUGAUAUGAAGGACUUUUGUGGUGCUUUAAAAAAAUAAAAAUGUGUUUAGAAUCA